AUGCCACUUCGGCUGUUCGGACAACCGUUCCGACUGUCUGGCAUUGACGUAGGCAACCCGUGCCACACCACAGCGCCAACGAGGACUAUGCAGAAAAUUGCCAUCGUGCUGGACCCAGCACCCGAGCGAACUUGCGGAUCAUCUGGAACUUCAACCAGUUUCCACCACCGCCGCCGCAGGACCGACGCUGCGUCGAUCGUAAUCGAAGCGCCCGCUGACGAGCUACGAGGUCACCAGCUGCGGCGCCGUGGAUCUUGCACGAGGUUCCUGACCAUGUGCGCCUCGGGAGUCAGGAUCUCUCGCUCACAAUAUCCGCGCGACGCGGCGGCUGAUCUGGGAUGA